UCUCAUUUUUUAUUUGCAAUUUUCAAGUUUUUGGAAUUUGGGGACAGCUUGUGCAUUCAUGCUCACGUCACGAUUGCACUCCUUAGGUUCUAAGCGUUCGGGUUUAUGAGAAACCUAUUUUCAUUGGUAAAUUUCUUGUUUGAAAAAAAAUAAAGGAAAAUAAUCAGUUUGCGGUUUGUUUUUUGUGUUGUGAUGUUUUAAACAUCUUUUAUGCUGAAUUUAUUGUUGCACCGUUGUGUCUUGUUUUGAGAUUGGAACUCUAUUAGGCUAAUAGGUUUUAGGGGUGGUGGGUAGCUUCUGAGUAGUUGGUUUGUGGAUUUUUGACUUUAGGAUGCGAUGAGCUACUGAUAUUUAUUUUCCAGUAAGACUAUUAUUAAUAAGAGAAGGACUUUGAACUAAUAGUUGUUGACUCUUGAAUCCAGGUCGUCUCAAGUUUCAAAGACGGAUUUUGAGUGAGGUGAUGGGUUUUUUAAAUGGUUAGGAUGGUUAAAAAAGGAUUAGGGAGGUGAAUUAUAGAUUAGAAUGUACAGGGAUUUAAAUAAGCUCAGCACAGUGCUCAAUGAAUUGCUAGAUUCUAAAUAUUCAUCUUAGAGGUGUAUUUGUUUUCCUUUCUGUUUACGGGGUUGCAAUUGUUGUUUUUUUUUUUUCUUUGACUAAAAGAUUUUUGUUUGAUUUUUUUAUUUAAUUUCCUGAAUUUCUGUCCUCUGCUGAGAAUGUGCAUGCCGUAUGGUGUUAACCUUGCAGGCUUGUAAGAUGUUGGUCAACUGGGAAGAAACCUCUUGUGCAAAUUUUUCAAAGGGACUCUAACUGUGAUCUCCUCAGGUGCAGUUGGAGGAAGCAACAUCAUUAGAUGGUGGAAUGAAAAAUUCAGUUUCGGAGGAUAUGUUUAACAACUUCUCCGAGCUCAUGAACUUCGAUACUUAUGCUGGUUGGUGCAAUAGCCCAUCGAUGUCUGAUCAGAGUUUGGCUAAUGUGUUUUCAUCAUUUGCGUCAGUAUCAUAUCCACCACCUGAAGGAUUGAAUUUAAUGGAACACGGCAAUGGUCCAUUGUUUAUGACAGAAGUUAGUGGAAAUCACAAUGUUAUGGAAAGUUCUCCCAGUUGUGGGGAGAGAGUUACGUUUCAACAAAUGGAGAUCCAACUUGGGUUUUUGGAUGAUGUAAAUGAUACAAAUAACUUAGAUUCAAAACAAAAACAUAAUGGCUCAUUUCAGCAACUUAAUACCUCAGGUGUGGGCAAUUACAUAAUCUCAAGGUCAUCUGGUCGGUCACUUGAUGAUAGAAUGCUAAGGGCUUUGUCCUUCUUUAAGGAAUCGGCUGAUGGGGGAAUGUUGGCACAAGUUUGGGUACCCAUUAAGCAUGGUGAUGACUUCAUCUUAAGCACCAGUGAGCAACCUUAUUUACUAGACCCAAAGCUUGCAGGCUAUCGUGAAGUGUCAAGGACAUUUACAUUUUCUGCAGAAGGAAAACCAGGAUCAUGUCCGGGGCUUCCUGGUCGUGUGUUUAUAUCCCAUCUUCCUGAAUGGACAUCCAAUGUUGGUUACUACAAUAAAACUGAGUACUCAAGGUUGGAGCAUGCAAUUAAUCAUGAGGUUCGUGGAUCAAUUGCUCUUCCCAUAUCUGAUCUGCACUCUCAAGUGCCAUGCGCUGUACUGGAACUUGUCACUACAAAGGAAAAGCCUAAUUUUGACCGAGAAUUAGAAAUUGUUUCUCAUGCUCUCCAGCUUGUAAAUUUAAGGACUACUUCACCUCCGCGACUUCUUCCCCGGUGUUUAUCAAAUAACAAAAGAGCUGCUUUAAUGGAGAUAAUUGAUGUGUUACGAGCUGUGUGUCAUGCACAUAGAUUGCCACUGGCACUGACAUGGAUUCCCUGCUGUUACAGUGAGGGAACAGAUGAAACUGAGAGAAUACAAAUCAAAGAGGGUCAUACAAGCUCUAUUAAAAAAUGCGUACUAUGUAUUGAAGAAUCAGCAUGCUAUAUAAAUGAUAGAGCGCUAGGAGGAUUUGUUCAUGCCUGUGUUGAACAUCAUCUAGAGGAAGGACAAGGUAUAGCUGGGAAAGCUCUUCAAUCAAAUCAUCCAUUCUUCUAUACCGAUGUGAAGACAUAUGAUAUUAGUGAAUAUCCCCUUGUUCAUCAUGCUCGCAAAUAUAAUUUGAAUGCUGCUGUUGCAAUUAGGCUAAGGAGUAUCCAUACCAAUAAUGAUGAUUACAUAUUAGAAUUCUUUCUUCCUGUCAACAUGACAGGUAGUUCAGAACAGCAACUUUUACUAGACAAUCUCUCAGGUACGAUGCGGAGAGUUUGUAGCGGUUUGAGGACAGUUUCAGAUGCUGAGUUAACAAGAAAAGAAGGUUCCCAAGUCAGAUUUCAAAAGGAAAAAGCCCCAGGUUUUUUACCUAUGUCCAGGAGAAACUCUCAGAUAGCAUCAAUAAACGAUGACCAUGAUUCCGUCCAGAAGAUGUCCUUGAAGGCAUCUAGCAUGAUAAAUAAUGGAAUUGAAGCUGCUCACAGCCAGGAAAUGAAUGGAUCAAGAAAGCAGGUUGAGAAAAAGAGAAGUACAGUGGAGAAAAAUGUUAGCUUGAAUGUUCUCAAACAAUACUUUUCUGGUAGUCUGAAAGAUGCUGCUAAAAGCAUUGGUGUUUGCCCAACAACUCUAAAAAGGAUAUGCAGGCAACAUGGAAUUUCAAGAUGGCCAUCCCGAAAGAUUAAUAAAGUUAAUCGUUCAUUAAAGAAGAUACAGACUGUGCUUGACUCUGUCCAGGGAGUGGAAGGAGGGUUGAAAUUUGAUCCUUAUACUGGGGAAUUUGUAGCAGGAGGAUCCAUCGUCCAGGAAAUAGAUGCACAUAAAUGUCUUCUGUUUAGUGAGAAAAAUGCUGUGGAAGACCCUAAGCCUGCAACACAAAAAGCAGUCUCGUUACCUCCAGCACCUGGCAUCACAGGUGAGGAUUCAGCAAUUAAGUUGAAUGAUGAUGAUGUUUGCUUGGUGGGAGGCCAGCCUGUUCACUCAAGAAGUGUACUUAUCUCCAAUAUCAAUGAGGGAAAAUUGAAGAAAGACAUUGCUUCUUCUGCUGAUUGUGGUGAACAUUCAAAAUCGAUGGCCAUGAAUGGAUCAUGCCACACAGCCUGCCUCUGGACCCAGGCUCAGGAUUGUCCUGAACAAACUAGUUUGGGGUCAGUUCUUGAAAAAGAGGGAAAUAAAUGGGGUUUGAACAUGAGCAGUCUGGGAGAAGAAAAUUCUAUCCGUGAUAUUGCCUGUCAUAGUUCCAUCUCCUUGAUUACUGAUGAGGUUGAAGUUGGUGUGGAUGGGGGUGAAGGAGCUGAUGAACAAAACCACCCCACUUCCUCAAGCAUGACAGACUCAUCCAAUGGCUCUGGCUCAAUGGUGCAUGGCAGUUCAUCAGGGUCUCAGAACUUUGAGAACCAGAAGUAUUCAAAAAUCAAAUCAACUUUUGUUGAUAGUGGGUCAAAAAUUAUUGUCAAAGCUACCUAUAGGGGAGAUACAAUUCGUUUCAAGUUUGAUCCAUCUUCAAGUUGUUUUCAGCUAUAUGAAGAAGUUGCCGCGAGGUUCAAAUUACAAUAUGGGUCAUUCCAGCUCAAAUAUUUAGAUGAUGAAGAGGAAUGGGUGAUGUUGGUGAAUGACUCAGAUUUACAAGAAUGUAUAGAAAUUUUGGAUGAUAUCGGCACUCGUUGUGUGAAGUUUCUUGUUCGUGACAUGCCUAGCAUUUUAAGCAGCAAUAGCAGUAACAGUUGCUUCUUGUCAGACAGCUCAUAGUAUAUGAGAUGAUGCAUGGCUUCAGUGCAACAAUUCAAGUCUUCAACAAUAUUAUUGUAAUGUAUUACAUUCUUAUGUGGGUUGUGCAUCACACUGGUUUCUAAAACCAAGCUGGUUGGAGGACUUUGCCUUUCAGCCUCCUAUGCCAGAUGCAAGAUUUCAUUUCUGUGAAGAUCUUAUUGGGUCAAAUAGGGCAAUCUUCGGGGUGGCUCUUUUUAGAAGAUAGAAAGAUACUCACAUGGUAGCACUAGCAAUAGCUUGUUAAGUAUGCAGUUCUUUCUAUAUAUGCUAGAUUAAAGCAGCAUAGAAGCUUAUAGUGGUAGACAAGAUAGAGGUAGAUAGCUCAAUCUUCAGUUUGUAUAGAUUUCUCAUGAUCAAAUGUAAAAAAAAUAAAAAAAAAUUGUACAUUUGAGUUAUUCCUUCUUUCCCUUUCCAAACGGUGGGAAGUUGGAAACAUAUAUAGUGGAAUUAUAACUUCCU